AGAAACGCCGCGGUCGCGAACACCGGCACGAAACGAGCGAGAAUACCGGCCCCGAAGAACGGGCCAAAAAGAGAGUUGGCCCAGCAGGCUACGCGGGCACACGAAAUACCCCGUCCACCAGCUCCCGCCAAACAACCCAAGGGAACAUCCGCCGCCCUGGCAGCGGAAAGAGGAGGCACGCAGCCGUAGCAGCGCGGCGCGCCAUUUGUGAGGUGGCGCCCUCUCUGGCCGGAGCCCGCAAGCAGCCAUUGUGAUUACGCCGAAAGGCGGUAAGUGUAUCAUCGUCGCACAUUGUUCGCGGCAGGGCUGAUCACCAGCCCCCGGUUGGAUUUUCUGUUCCGUUUCGACCCCUUCCUGUCGCGGGCCAGUGCGUGCCUCGUGCCCGGCGACACGACGAUGGGUCGCGACGCCAGCACGAAGCGCUUCGAUGUCGAUCUCAAGCUCAAGGUGCUCGCGUACUACGACCAAGUGCGGAACAAAUACAAGGCGGCCAAAAUGUUCGGCGUCAGCGAGUGCUCGGUGAGGAACUGGAUCAAGGGGGAGCACCGGCUGCGCGCCCUGUCGUCCCAGGGCGGAGGUAGCGGCGCCAGAAAGACCACGAACCGCGCCGCCGAGGCCCGGGCUCUGUUCGAGGCGUGCUUGGAGCGCUACGUGCGGGGCUGUCAGCAGCGCGGAGUCAAGGCCAGGUACCGCGACUUGCUUGCGCACGCGGCGCAGCUGAAGAAAGUGCACGGAGUGCGCGGCCUCAAGCUGUCAACCGAUUGGGUGGCCAGCUUCGUGCGUGAGCGCCGGCUCGUCUGCAAGUGCGAGAAGCUGUUGACGCACGCCGACACCGCAUCUCCCGCCAACAGCAGCACCGGUUCGGCGGCGGCAGUGCGCAAGAAGGGAGCGGCGGUGGCCAAAGGGUUGCCACCGCCGGCCAAGCACAACGCUGCCCGGGCCCUUGUCAAGCAUGCCAUGGGCCACCUAUCAUCCAAGGCCGGCAAGACGCCCUCCUCGGCGCCAACCACGCCGAAGCGAAAGGGUCCGACCACGGCGCUCGCGACCAAGCUGCUGCUUCCGGCGAAGCUAAAGUCAAAGGCGGUGCCAAAGCCUUCCAUCAAAGGCAACGACGGUAAGGCGAUCAAGACCUUGUCGAAAAAGAAACCGACGAAGAAAGCGGCAAAGAAGGGUAGCGAGCUAAAAAAGAAGACCGUUGCGACCAAAUUAAAGAAGGCAGUGAAUAAAACAAAACAUAAAUUGGCUGCCGCGGCGAAAAAGGGCCCGUCAGCAAAAUCGAAGCUGCCGUCUGCCAAAAAGACUGCGCCCGCAAAGGCACAGUCAGCCAAGAGUGCAGCCAUUGUGGCAAAGUAUAAAAAGUGUCUCUUGAAGAAAGCUACCCAGAAGCAGCAUAAGUUAGGAAAGGUAAAAAAUACCAUCACUUUGAAAAAGAAGGUCCAGACAGACGCGAAGACUGUAAAGCACAAACAUAAAGUAGUCAGGAAAGAUGACAAGCUUAUGAAGGCAAGCAAAGGCAAACAAUGCUCAAAGACUGCACACAGUAUGGUUGUAGCAAAGAAAAAGGAAAACAAGAAAAAAGAAAGAAACAUAAAGCCCCAGAAAAAAGUAAAGAUUAUAAACAAGGUAGUGAGCAAAAGCUUAAAGAAAGCUAAAGAAAUUGUCAACCGUGCCAAAAAGCCUGCAGAAAAAGCUAGCCCACCUUCAAAACAGUCCGUGCCGAAGGUGAAAAAGGUGCCUGUGAAAACGAUGAGACCAAGGAAGCAACCGAUAAAGGUGUUUCGGACCCGGUAUCGAAUCAAAGAAAUGCACAGGAGGAUUGAGGAAAACAGAGCUUCGGACUUCUUUGAUUUCUUUUAUGGCUUGGGUCUUAUACCGAUCAACAGAGAUUCAGACAGUUCAAACUCCCUUUACAUCCCCUUCAUCACGGGAUCACCAAAGAUGUACAGUAACACUGAGUUCCUUUGUGACCUUUCAAAGAAGGAGAGCCCACUCAGGCCAAGCACAUCUGACCUAAGCAAUUGUCAGUCCUCGAGUCACACUCAACUUCCCUCAAAGUACCCCAUCUGGACUCCAGUGAGGACUAGCACGAUCCAUGACCCUUGUUCAUCUCAGAGUGGCAAGCCCUGGCUCACAAGCCCACGUGUGCAUGAGGAACACAUAAUCACUGACAGAUUCACACAGUCCAAGUCACCAGAGGAUACUGUCUUUUCUGAGAAGUUUCACAAGGCAAGUAUGAAAUCCGAGGCUGCCCUCUCACCUGGUGAAUCACCCAUCACCCCAGAACAGUUGGCUGUGGUUCGAAAGCUAUUUCCUCCCAUUGGAAGCUUGCCAUUCCCAAGUCAACGUAGAGCACUGGACAGCCAAGUGAAAUUCAAUGAACCUUUGAAGGCAUCAGAACGAAGUUUGCGGCCACGCACCACUGAGCAAACCCAGCGCCUGAGUCUCUGCUUUCGCAAGCGGCGCUACCAAAAACGGAAAAGGACCCUCUCUGAGCCAUCACGGUCUCCCGAGAGACGUCCCAAUGGUCCUUCAGCGAGUGACAUUGACUGGUUAAGUGCUGAUGGUUUUCCAAGCCCUGCCAAGAAGGGCUGCCCUGGUGGGAGCAGCCCUGUCUACUCCUUCGGUGAGCCACGGCACUGUUUUCGCAAGGAGCACUUUGAGGACAGUGCCUGCCCCCCACACAUGCCGACCAGUGGGAUAUGUGGGAACAAUUCAAGGACAGUGGUCUGUGCCCUGAGCAGUGACAGACCUACGAACUGCCUCUAUGACAGUGCCAAACUUGUCAGUAGGGCCAUGCCCACUAGCCCCAAAGCAGCACCAUCCAGCGAAGGCGAGGAUCUGUUCUUUGGCCAGGCAAAUAGACUGGCUACACUGAGAAAAAAACAAGACAGAAAUGAAUCUGUGAUGCACGCUGCAAAAGGUCACCAGGACCAGUAGUAGUUGCUUGCACCAAAGAAUGUUUCCUCAGCCACGCUGCAAAAAUCUCUUGAGCUUUGUUGUGUAGUGUACACAAUGACUUAUUAACUUGUGAGCCUGCAGCUUGCCUGGUAAAACCACAAGUGCUCAGUGAUUGCAUGAGGCACUAUAUGGGGAUCCAGAGAAUAUUCAGAAAUACUGGCUUUCUGCCAUUAUGCACAAGAUGUUUUAUCUUGAGAGAAUGUUUAGCGAUUAUCAGUGCCAUGCUGGAAAGCACUUGUCAAUACUGAUGAUUAUGCACAUCUUUGUUAAGGAGUGGAAUUGUUCCUUGGUCAGCGAAUUAGCAUAUGUACUAAUAAUGAGACAAGGGUGUGCAACAUGAACACGCAAGAUAAUUUAAAGCAUUCAAUGUUGCUGGCAGUAAAUGCUACUAAUGCUAGGAAUGUUAUGUGCAUUCCAAGCUUGCCACUACUGGCAGUCUUGUGCAAGUUUCCAGCCAGAGGACUUUGUCAUUGGAGGUGAAAAGUGCACCCUAGCUCUAAAAUUGCUGGGGAAAAAAGAAACACUGUUACAUGUGCAAAGUGUAUAGGACUUUUGCAUCCAAUUGAGACAUGCUGUGUAGUUGAAUGAAGUAUGUGAAAAUGUUAUUGAUUGGACAUCUCCAAUGUGCCACAAUGUCUUCCCUGACCCUCCUGCCAGCCUUUCUUCUUGCCACUGUCUUCUCUAAAGCUUUGUAUUGUGCAAAUAGAACAUGUUAAGUAUCGCACAAGCGACACACGCUCUUGAAUACUAUUUUUCCUCACUUUAUUGCAAGUUAAACGAAAUCCACUGUUGCAAGCUUGCAUUGGUUGGCAGAAAAUGCAUGACUUCAAUGUUGUAAAUAAUGAUUUCUUUUGAUCUCUUGUGGGAUGAUCAUGGAACAUGGACAUAUCUUCCAGAUCCUUAAUUGUGCAGUGAUUUAAAGCAAAUUGAGUGAGUGCAAGUCCUCCUUGUGGACUCCAAUCAUGUAAACGUGGUUCAGCUAGCUUGAUGGCAACAGUUCUGCAUACUGCAUGAACAGAAAGACACUGAAUGGCGUACUCUUUUGUCUUUGCCAGACACAGCUGUCAUCAGUACUAAAUCUGUGUGACAUGUCUCGUAGCAAUAAGUGAUGAGUUAUGGGCUGUUUUGGUUGCUUACAACACUCAUUCAAAACUAUCAAGCUGUUGUGGGCCAGCACUUGGCCUGCGCAAAGAGAUUAUGUGUGAAAAGUCCUUGUCAACCCCCGACGCAUUCCUACGGGCAGUGCAGCGUCACGACUAGUUGACAAGGCGUUGCGUCUACCUCCGUAAAUGCAUUGUGACCUUGAGACAAUGUUGUGCUCAUUAUUGCGCCAUUGACUGAACGAGCACUCCCCGCAAACCUUUUUUUCGAGAGCGGGAAUGGUUUUGUACAUAAAAACAGUGCCCCUUGUUUUCCUCUUUGGGCCUUACUUAACAUGCGUUCAUCGCUAAUAUACCACAAGGUACAAAAGUGUGCUUUCUCUUCCCCCUUGAAAGGCUUGCAACGAUCACAGUUUUAUCCCCGUGGCUGCAACCUCUGGCCACACUUUUGCACAAAUAAAGAUUGUUCAUUCUUGUA